AUGUGGCGGCGUUUCGUGGUUUUGACUCUUCCAGAAAUUGGGAUUUCCAAGGAAGAGGCGCUGGAAGCCCUGCAGGUGGUGAGGCAGGAAUGUCACGGGGACGCAGCGAGGACUGCCGGGGGGUCAGGCGCCACCAGAAAGUUCACAGCCCUGGAGCUUCUGGAGGAAGAGCAAGCCCAGGGCUUCAUCAUCACCUUCUGCUCAGCACUGGACAACAUUCUGGGAGGGGGUGUGCAGCUGUCGAAAAUCACCGAGGUCUGCGGAGCGCCCGGCGUGGGGAAAACGCAGCUGUGUAUGCAGCUGGCAGUGGACGUGCAGAUCCCGGAGUGCUUCGGGGGCGUCGCCGGAGAAGCCGUGUUCAUCGACACCGAGGGAAGUUUCAUGGUAGACAGAGUGGUGGAUAUUGCAGCUGCCUGUGUGCAGCACUGCCAGCUCGUUGCUGAGGCUCAGCAAGAGGAAGAUCAUCUGAAAGCUUUGGAGACCUUCUCCCUUGAAAGUAUCCUUUCUCACAUAUAUUACUUCCGUUGUCGUGACUACAUAGAGCUCCUUGCCCAGGUCUACCUCCUCCCAGAAUUCCUCUCAGAGCAUUCCAGGGUCCGACUGGUGGUGAUUGAUGGGAUUGCCUUCCCUUUCCGCCACGACUUCGAGGACCUGUCCCUGCGGACGAGGCUGUUGAAUGGUCUGGCACAGCAGCUCAUCAUCGUAGCAAACGACCACAAAGCAGCAGUGGUUCUGACAAACCAAAUGACAACAAGAAUCGGGCAAAGCCAGUCCACGUUGGUACCUGCUCUAGGAGAAAGCUGGGGACACGCCGCCACCGUCCGUUUAAUCUUUCACUGGGACAACAGUCAGAGAUUGGCAACUUUGUACAAAUCACCGAGUCAGAAGGAGGCAACAAUCCCCUAUCACAUCACACCUCAUGGCUUCCGAGAUGUGCAGCCUCCAGCUGUCACUCAGAACGCAGAAGGCACUGAAAUGAACCCUCGGAAGCGGCCGCGGAGGGAGGAGGAGAAGCAGCAGCAAUUCCAAAGUUGAAUGUUAAAAAAUGUGAGCUACAGGAGAGCAGUUGCACGGUGAAUGUGCAACCAAAGGCAGCCUGAGAGACUCUCAACUUCAAUUCCUGCUCUGGGUGUUAUUUUAAGGUUAAGACUGCAAUAUGCAAAUUUCUGAGGCAGAAGAUUCCUUUGUGUGUGGUAUAAUUUUACUUUUAUAAUAAAAAUCUAUGUUUU